GGCGCGGCGCGGAGGGGAGCGACGGCCCGAUGGGGCGGCCGGCCGGCAGCCUGGCCCCGCUCCGGCUGCUGCUGCUCCUGGCUCUGGGACACGCCUGGACCUACCGGGAGGAGCCGCAGGACGGCGACAGGGAAGUUUGCUCCGAGAACAAAAUCGCCACCACCCGGUACCCCUGCCUGAAGCCCACGGGAGAGCUCACCACCUGCUUCAGGAAAAAAUGCUGUAAGGGUUAUAAGUUUGUUCUUGGACAGUGCAUCCCUGAAGACUACGAUGUCUGUGCUGAAGCUCCCUGCGAACAGCAGUGCACAGAUAAUUUUGGGAGAGUCUUAUGCACUUGCUAUCCUGGAUACCGCUAUGAUCGGGAGAGGCACAGGAACAGAGAGAAGCCUUACUGCCUGGAUAUCGACGAGUGUGCCACGAGCAACGGGACUCUGUGCUCUCAGAUCUGUGUCAACACCGUGGGCAGCUACAGGUGCGAGUGUCACGAAGGCUACGUCCGGGAGGAGGAUGGCAGGACAUGCACCAAAGGAGAUAAAGUUGGGCUUCCUGAGAAAUCUGAAAAUGUGGCGAAACCGGGGACGUGCUGUGCCUCUUGUAAGGAAUUCCAUCAAAUAAAGCAGACAGUUUUACAGCUGAAGCAAAAGGUUGCUUUGCUGCCAAAUAAUGCUGCUGAUCUUAGCAAGCAAAUCACUGGUGAGAAAGUGCUUGCCUCUAAUGCAUAUAUCCCUGGCCCCCCAGGCCAGCCUGGCCAACCAGGCCCUCCAGGGGCUCCAGGACCUAAAGGGAGUCAAGGAGCUCCUGGAUUACCUGGACCUCCUGGCCAGCCAGGCCCUCGUGGAUCAAUGGGACCAAUGGGCCCAUCUCCAGACAUAUCACACAUUAAGCAGGGCAGACGGGGCCCUGUGGGCCCACCUGGCGCCCCAGGGAGAGAUGGUAGCAAGGGGGAGCGAGGAGCACCAGGACCAAAGGGGAUACCUGGCCCACCGGGUUCAUUUGAUUUCCUAUUGCUGAUGAUGGCAGACAUCAGAAACGACAUCGCCGAGCUGCAAGAGAGAGUGUUUGGACACAGGACUCACUCAUCAACAGAAGAGUUUCCAUUACCUCAGGAAUUCACAAACUAUCACGACACAGUGGACUUUGGAUCCGGAGAAGACUACAAACCACGGGCAACAUCCAGAAACACCAGGAUACAGAAGGCAGACCACCCUUAGCUAUUCCUACUGAAAAACAAAGCCUCU